AUGAAGUUCAUGACCAGCAUCAUUCUAGCCACUAUAUUUGCUUCCACUACCAGAAGAGCUCUCGCUGCCACCAUUGGUUGUAUCAGGAUGCCAGACCACCCAGUGGUUCCUGAUUCGUAUAUCGUGGUGUUGAAAUCUGGUACAAAUAUGGAAGAACAUAUCAACAGUAUUACUCAGAUAUCUGCCUGGAGCCCCGGGUUAGAAUUUUUAAUCAGUUACUGGUAUCAUGAAGCAAUCCUAAAUGGCUACUCUGCACAUGCAACUGGAGCACCCCUGACUCAGAUUCUCAAUUGCCCUGACAUCGAGUAUGUUGAAGCUGAUGGAAUUGUUUCCAUUGGCUAUGAUGUCCAUGAACUGGAUGAAGAGAAUGCAAUGGAGCCCAAUGAUGUUUUGGUUGAAAUGGAAGUUGACCCAAUUGGGCUUGAAGGAAGAAGCCCUUUGGGGGGCGGAAUCGGAAUAAAUAUUUUUUUGAUAGAUACUGGAGUGAACCCUGACCAUGACUGGUUUGGUGGCUGUGUUAAACUGGGUGGUACCUUCGGCCCAGGUUACAACCCCAAGGACCAUAAUGGUCAUGGCAUGCAUGUUGCAGGGAUAGCAAUUGGGGUGGGGAAUAGCCUAGCGAGUUCUGCCACUGUUACUUUGGUCAAAGUUGUGUCUGAUGCGGGUGUUGGAUGA